UCGGAGCGCUCAGGAGAGGAUGUGGAUAUCAUUCUGACCAGAUUGAAAGAGGUUAAAGCCUUUACCAAGUUUCCACCUCCACUCUUGGUGCAGAUCUGCACCUGUGCCUUCUAUGAAUGUCUGGAGAAAGGCAUUACGUUGUUUCGACAAGGUGACAUUGGCACCAGCUGGUAUGCGGUUCUGUCUGGCUCUUUGGAUGUGAAAGUUUCGGAAACCGCCAACCAUCAGGAUGCAGUCACCAUCUGCACUCUGGGGAUUGGGACAGCCUUUGGGGAGUCCAUCCUGGACAACACGCCACGUCACGCAACCAUCAUCAGCAGAGAGACUAGCGAGCUGCUGCGAAUUGAACAGCGGGAGUUUAAGACCCUCUGGGAGAAGCAUCGUCAGAGCCUUGCUGGACUGUUGGCCCCCCCUUAUGGAGCAAUGGAGAGCGGCUCUAACAAUGACAGACUUGCCGACAAAGACAACUUGAACUCCGACUCUGCCAACAAAACUCAUAAUAAGAUUCCCACAGAAAAGCUCCAACGAGCUGGCAAGGUUCUGCGCAACGCCAUACUGUCCCGAGCCCCUCACAUGAUCCGAGACAGGAAAUACCACCUCAAGACAUACAGACAAUGCUGCGUCGGCACCGAACUGGUGGACUGGCUCGUGCUCCAGAGCGCUUGCGUUCUCACCCGUUCCCAUGCGGUUGGCAUGUGGCAAGCGCUGCUAGAAGAUCAGGUGCUGAAUCACGUGGACCAGGAACUGGGUUUUCAGGACAAAUACCUGUUCUACCGCUUUCUGGAUGACGAGGAAGAGGACACGCCAUUGCCUAGUGAGGAGGAGAAGCGGGAGAGCGAAGAGGAACUGCCAGAGACGAUCCUCUUCCUUGCUCAGAUUGGACCGGACGCACUGCUGCGCAUGAUCCUCAGGAAAUCGCCUGGUCAGAGGACAGGCGAUGACCUGGAGAUCAUUUAUGAUGAGCUGCUUCACAUCAAGGCCUUAGCUCACCUUUCCAACACUGUGAAGCGGGAACUGGCAAGUGUUGUCAUCUUCGAGUCACACGCUAAAGCUGGAACCGUGUUGUUCAACCAAGGAGAAGAGGGCACCUCAUGGUACAUCAUUCAAAAGGGCUCCGUCAAUGUUGUUAUCUAUGGCAAGGGGGUGGUGUGCACGCUCCAUGAGGGGGACGACUUUGGAAAGUUGGCCCUGGUUACAGAUUCACCUCGUGCUGCCUCCAUCGUCCUGAGAGAGGACAACUGCCACUUCCUUCGGGUAGACAAGGAGGAUUUCAACAGGAUUCUUAGGGAUGUGGAAGCCAACACAGUACGUUUGAAAGAGCACGAGCAAGCCGUGCUGGUCUUAGAGAAGAGCCCUCGAGCGUCCACCUUGGGGAGCAUCAAGUACACUGUGAUCUCAGGCACUCCAGAGAAAAUUCUCGAGCACUUUUUGGAGACCAUGAGAAUGGACAUUCAUCACAGUGAACAAGACCCAGCAGUGGAUGAUUUUGUCCUCAUGCAUUCUGUCUUCAUGGCCAACAGUCAGCUGUGCCCGCUACUUAUGGCUCACUACCAUGCGGCUUCUCCACCCGGUUCGGAACAGGAGAGGUUAGAGCAUGCGCUCAACUGCAAAAGGAGGGCUCUAAUUCUGGCCCUGCGCUGGGCUAACACACAUACGUAUCUCCUACAAGAGGAGCCUGCUGCAAUUUCCUUCCUGGAGGAGUUGUUUGGAAGUGUUUCAAAUGAUUCGCGCAUGCUCAGAGCAUUGAAAGAUUUGCUUCCUGACCUAGAGAAAGUCGUCAAAUUACAUUCGGAGGAAGCCAAGUCAACAAAAAAGGCAAGUAAGACUUUAAUACGGCAGUUCAGUAAUGGGGAGGAGAGGUUGCAGAAGAAACAGGCCAUUCGAAAUCAAGAUGACAUCCUACUGAAGGUGUACUGCAGUGACCACACGUACACCACCAUUCGGGUUGCCGUGGCAGCGACGGGCAGAGAAGUGAUUUGCGCCGUAGCUGACAAACUGGGUUCCACGGACGAGCUGGUGCUGGUUCACCUCAACUCUGCUGGCGAGAAACAAAUCUUGAAGCCAAAUGAUGUGUCUGUGUUUUCAACUGUGAGCAUCAACGGCCGAUUAUUUGCCUGCGCACGAGAACAACUCAGUAGUCUCACUCCUCUUCCAGACCAGGAGGGACCCUCUGCUGGUUCCAUGUCGACUUUUGAGCUGAUGAGUUCCAAGGAUCUCGCCUAUCAAAUGACAAUGUUUGACUGGGAGCUCUUCAGCUGCAUGCAUGAGCACGAACUGCUCUACCACACGUUCGGCCGCCAGAACUUCCGAAGAACCACAGCCAACUUGGACCUUUUCCUGCGAAGGUUCAAUCAGGUUCAGCUGUGGGUCGUCACCGAGGUGUGCCUCUGCGCUCAGCUCAGUAAGAGGGUCCAGCUCCUCAAAAAGUUCAUCAAGAUUGCAGCACACUGCAGGGAGUUCAAGAACCUGAAUUCAUUCUUCGCCAUCAUCAUGGGCAUGAGCAACCCUGCCGUCAGCAGGCUGAGUCAGACAUGGGAGAAGCUGCCUACCAAGUUUAAAAAGUUCUACGCAGAGUUCGAAAGCAUGAUGGACCCGUCCAGAAACCAUCGAUCCUACCGGCUUACAGUCAGCAAACUUGAGCCGCCGAUUAUCCCAUUUAUGCCCCUCCUACUCAAAGAUAUGACUUUUACUCAUGAAGGCAACAAGACAUUCAUUGACAGUAUGGUCAAUUUUGAGAAAAUGCGCAUUAUCGCGAACACGAUUCGGCAAGUGCGGCACUGUAGAAGCCAGCCUUUCAAUCCUGACAUCUGCCAACCCAACAAGAAUCAAGCAGAGGUCAGAGGUUACGUCCGGAAGCUGUGCGUGAUCGACAACCAGAGGGUGCUGACGCAGCUCUCCUACAGACUGGAACCUCGCCGGACAUGA